UCUUCCAAUACACUAGUAUUUCCCCCUUCCUUACUUGCAUUCAUACGCAAUCUAAGGAGGUCUAAUCCUUGGAACUUUCUUAUAAAUGAAGGUUCCACAUAGUCUCGAGUUCCACUUUAUCGUACAUCCCUCGUGUCGAUAGGGUUCCCAGUGCAAAUUUCUAUUUUAAUUUUAUCAUUAAAAAAAAUAACCGUGCGGUUCUUACUAAUAUAAAUUAAAAUAAGUGAUACAUGCCCUUUGGGGAUAAAGGGCUUGGGACUCCUGGAGGAAAACCACUUGUUACUGUGAUUUUUAAUUUACUCCCGAAGUCAUUAAUUGACAUAAAAAAUGAUCAACAGUGUUGUACAAAAGCUGAAAUUUCUCUACAAGCCAUAUGCCUUGGCAAUAGUGUCAGUUGGAUAUGUAUUAGGAGAAUUGGGACACUAUAUGAUUGGUGUCACGAGUAAAGCAACAGCGGAGGACUUGCAUUACGGUGAAAUUUCCUGUCAAUUAAACACAUCAGAGUAUUCAAUUGUUGAGCUUCCAGUGCAAUGCGAAGCAGCAAACAAUUCAGAUUACUGCUUAUCAUUAGAAAUAAAUGGCACUGGUUAUUGCGAGUGGAAUUACAAUGGUCUCGGAUUGGACUAUCAAAUUUUAGCUGGACCCAGUUUCAUAGCUGUUUUUACAAUCGUCGGUGUAAUCCUUGGAAUUGUUGCCGACCGAUAUAACAGAGUAAGAACCCUUGCUGUUUGUACAUUAAUCUUUAGUAUCGCGAUAAUAUUGAUGGGUACAGUGAAAGAGUACUGGCAAUUGGUGAUUCUCCGGAUGGUUUUAGCUGCAGGAGAGGCUGGCUGCAAUCCACUAGCCACUGGUCUGCUGUCCGAUUGGUUUGAUGAAGAGCAACGUGGGCUAGUCAUGUCUAUUUUCAACUGGGGAAUAUACGGUGGUUAUGGCAUUGCAUUUCCCAUUGGCAGAUACAUACCAGCAAUGAACCUCUGGAACUUGGGUUGGAGAGCAUGUUAUUAUGGUGCUGGAAUCAUAGGAAUUAUCAUUGCCAUUCUCACAGGAUUAACUCUGGUAGAACCACCUCGAAAAUCGACAAGUGGCGAUACAACUAGAAGUGAUGGAAAGAAAUUAUCAAUUUGGAAAGUUUUAUUCCACCCCAGAAUGAUUUUACUCUGUCUCGCAGCGAGUAUCAGACACUGUGGUGGAAUGUGCUUCGCCUACAACUGUGAUCUUUACUACAGAGACUAUUUUCCCGAUUAUGAUCUCAGCUGGUGGUUAUUCGCAGUGACAAUUGUUAUUGGCAGCAUUGGUGUUGUGGUUGGUGGAAUAAUAAGUGAUAAAUUCGUAGCAAAAAUGGGAAUAAGGUCCAGAGUGGCUUGCCUUGCUAUUAGCCAACUGAUAGCCACUCCAUUCGCCUUUGGAUCUGUGGCUUUAGAACCACUGGGAGCUAUUAUUACCCUUGGAAUAUCGUAUUUCUUCGCCGAGAUGUGGUUUGGAAUAGUAUUCGCUAUUGUCGUGGAAAUUGUUCCCCUCAGUAUGCGCUCAACAACAGUUGGCGUCUUUUUAUUUGUGAUGAACAAUAUUGGAGGCAACCUGCCCAUUCUUGUGGAGCCUUUGAGAAGAGUUAUAGGUUUUCGGGAGAGUCUCUAUGUGUUGUACGCUGGAUUUUACGGAAUAAGCUCCAUCAUGUUUUUAUUGACGAUGUUCUUCAUGAGUGGUCCUGCUGAGAUGCAGGGCCAGCCUGAAAUCACCCCUGAAGAUGGUCAUGACAACAGGACGUUCACCCACGAUGAUGGCAGCACUCUGGAACUGCCCAGGCUCCCCAGCAGGCCACACAAUCCUGACCACUCGAGACUAUAAUUCUGUCAUUAUUCUCAUUAAUCAAUAAAAAGUGUUUUCAUUUUUUUAUAUCAAAAGUCUCGUGGUGUAAAUGAGUGCGGGAUUGUGGGAUACCAUCGUUAAAUUCUUAUUAAUCUUUGAGGUCAUCAUUCAUUGGUUUCGAAGUGAAUCGAUGAAAAAAAAAA